CCCGGAAGGGGCCGGGCGCGCUUCCGUCUCCGCCGGGGAUGCGCGGAGGGCGGAGCUGCGGCCCGAGGACGCGACGCGAGCCCAGUUCCGGCGAGGAGGCCGCGCCAGUGACAGCGAUGGCGGCGGAGUCGGCGCUCCAAGUCGUGGAGCGGCUGCAGGCGCGCCUGGCCGCCAGCCCGGACCCGAAGAAGCUAUUGAAAUAUUUGAAGAAACUCUCCACCUUGCCUAUUACAGUAGACAUUCUUGCGGAGACUGGGGUUGGGAAAACAGUGAAUAGCUUUCGAAAACAUGAGCAUGUCGGAAGCUUUGCCAGGGACCUAGUGGCCCAGUGGAAGAAGUUGGUUCCUGUGGAACGAAACAAUGAGCCUGAUGAACAGGACUUUGAGAAAAGCAAUUCCCGUAAGCGUCCCAGGGAUGCUGUUCAGAAGGAGGAGGAGAUAGAGGGGGACUAUCAAGAAAACUGGAAGGCUUCCAGUAGCCGAUCAUAUAGCCCCGAUCAUAGACAGAAAAAAAACAGGAAACUCUCAGAGCUUGAGAGAACUCACAAAGUGUCUCACAGCCAUGAGCGGAGAGACGAGAAAAAGAGGUGCCACAGAAAUUCACCAGUUUACUCUUCAGACCAUGAAUCUUCUGAUUAUGGCCACGUUCAGUCCCCUCCAUCAUGUGCCAGUCCUCAUCAGAUGUCCAUGGACCAUUACAGAUCCCCAGAGAAGGACCCCGAACCCCUUGUUCCACAUCAGAAGGCUGGAAAGGGCCAUAGUAAUGCCCUUCAGGACAGACUGGGGGUUGGUCAGGAACGACACCCAGGUGAGUCCCAGGGGAAAGGGGCUGUGAGUCAGAACAAGGAGCACAAAUCUUCCCACAAGGACAAGCGCUUGGGGGAUGCCAAGGGAGAUGAGAAGUCCUCUUCAAGCAGAGAGAAGUUGCACAAGGCCAUUUGCAAGGAGGAAAACCGAAGGCUGCUCUCCAGCGAUAGCACAAAGGAGAAAGCGCCCUCUAGUGGUUUCAAGAAGGAGAAGGAAAAAGAGGGCAGCACCAAGAAGAAGUUUUUAGCCCCUUUGGAGGUUGCUUCCGACAACCACCUUAAAAAGCCAAAGCACAGAGACUCAGAGAAAACCAAAUCGGACAAAAACAAGCAAAGUAUAAACAGCUUGGACAUAGGAAAGGGGGCAGGAGACCUGCCCAAGGUAAAAGAGAAGGUUUCUAACAACCUAAAGAAUCAAGAAGGGAAAGUAAAAACUCAUUUGGAUCGGAAGUCAGGGGGCUCUCUUCCAAAAGGUGAGGAUGCAGACAUGGACGAUGAGUUUGAGCAACCCACCAUGUCUUUUGAGUCAUACCUCAGCUAUGACCAGCCCCGGAAGAAAAAGAAAAAGAUUGUAAAAACUUCAGCCACAGCUCUCGGAGAAAAAGGACUUAAAAAGAAUGAUUCAAAAAGCACUAGUAAAAAUUUGGACUUGGUUCAGAAAUUACCUAAGGUGAAUGAAAACAAGUCAGAGAAGCUUCAGGCUGCUGGAGCCAAUUCAGCCAAGCUGAAAAAGGUCCCCACCGAUCUAUUGCCAGUGUUGCCAGACCUCCCACUCCCCGUAAUACAGGCCAAUUACCGUCCGCUCCCUUCCCUCGAACUGAUCUCCUUCCAACCAAAGCGAAAAGCACUCUCUUCACCCCAUGAAGAGGAAGAAUCUGGAUUCACUGGACGAAGAAUGAAUUCUAAGAUGCAGGUGUAUUCUGGUUCCAAGUGUGCCUAUCUCCCCAAAAUGAUGAGCUUGCACCAGCAGUGCAUCCGGGUCCUUAAAAAUAAUAUUGACUCAAUCUUUGAAGUGGGAGGUGUCCCAUAUUCUGUCCUUGAACCUGUUUUGGAGAGGUGUACCCCUGAUCAGCUGUGUCGCAUAGAGGAAUACAAUCACGUAUUAAUCGAAGAAACAGAUCAAUUAUGGAAAGUUCACUGUCACCGAGACUUUAAGGAAGAAAGACCAGAAGAGUAUGAGUCUUGGCGGGAGAUGUACCUGCGGCUCCAAGAUGCCCGGGAGCAGCGGCUGCGAUUACUGACAAAGAACAUCCAGUCUGCGCAUGCCAACAAGCCCAAAGGCCGACAAGCAAAGAUGGCUUUUGUCAACUCUGUGGCCAAACCACCUCGAGACGUUCGAAGAAGGCAGGAAAAGUUUGGAACAGGAGGAGCAGCUGUGCCUGACAGAGUCAAGAUUAAGCCAGCUCCCUACCAUACUGGAAGUAGCCACACUCCCUCCAAUAGUGGCUGCAGCAACAGCUUUAACUCCAGCCCUGAGGAGCCGGCCUAUGACGGCCCAAGCACCAGCAGCGCCCAUUUGGCACCCAUGGUCAGCAGCACUGUGUCCUAUGAUCCCAGGAAACCGACUGUGAAGAAAAUCGCCCCAAUGAUGGCCAAGACAAUUAAAGCUUUUAAGAACAGAUUCUCCCGAAGAUAAACCGAGGACUUGCCUUGGAGCUGAAAUUUGGGGGGAGGAAUACAAGGACAAUGGGAAUUGGAGAAUGGACUUCCAAAGGAGACCAGAAUCGUUGAUCUCUGAAUCCUGCAGUUUGUAGGGGCUCCCCCAUGAGCCUGUGCACAGCCACUGCCUCCUGCCUGGAGAACGCUUCAGAACUCUGAGGAAGAUGUGAAGCCUCAGUCUCACUGAGGAUUUUAAGGUCAAUUAUACUUUUGUUGUUAAUUAGCUUCUUUGUAAACUACAAGGCAUAGUUUUAAUUAAUAAAUAUUGCCCCCAGAUUGUAUUUAUAUUA